AUGAGAUCCGUUUACAUCGCCCUAGCAGCUGCCCUGUGCUGGACCGGCACUCUUAGCGCCAGCCCGGCCGGGGCGAAAGAUGAUGUCGAAGUGGCAAUGAUGGCCGGGAGGCGCCGUCUCACAAGGACUAGCGGUCGAUACCGCAGCGAGUUUGCGGCGCUCGGUGCGCGCCAGGGAGAUCAACAAUGCGGAGCCCAGUUCGGGAGAUGCCCCGGCGAUCUCUGUUGCUCCAGCUAUGGCUUCUGCGGGGACUCAGUCGACCACUGCCACCCUCUCUUUGACUGCCAAACCCAGUACGGCACCUGUGGGUGGCCUAGAGCGGUCCCGACAACGUCCGCCCGCCCUACUACGAGCUCAACACCGGCCCCGCCUACGACAACCACCCCGAGUUCUACCUCGGUCAGGCCACCCACUACGUCGACAUCCGUUACAAUUCCGGUCCCAUCGGGUGGCCUCGAGGUCACCCAAAACGGCAUGUGCGGCAACAACACCAUGUGCAUCGGCAACCCUAACUACGGACCCUGCUGCUCUCAGUUCUUCUGGUGCGGUUCCUCCAUCGAAUUCUGCGGUGCCGGUUGCCAGAGUGACUUCGGCGCAUGCCUCGGCAUCCCUGGCCAACCCGGGAACCCCAUCACCAACGGCACCACGACAUCCGGUGGCGGCAGUGGACCUACCUCUAGCCCUCCCACAACACGACCGACCUCUACAAGGGUUAGCACCACGACCACUACCACUACCUCUUCCAGAACAACGUCCUCUUCGCCUUCUGUGACGCUGCCCGCCGGCCAAACGUCUAGCACCGACGGCAGGUGCGGGAACAACGUGAACUGUCUCGGGUCGAGAUUCGGGCGAUGCUGUAGUCAGUUUGGGUACUGUGGCGACGGUGACCAGUAUUGUCCGUACAUUGUGGGUUGCCAGCCUCAGUUUGGGUACUGUGACCCACAGUAA